CCCCGCUCCGCCGGCGCUCUGUGGUUUAAGAUGGCGGCGGGGGCUGCGGGGACGAGCUCGUGAGCCCCAGUCCGGAGCUCCGCGGGAGCCGCCGGGACCGGCCGCGGGAGGACCGGGACGCGCCUGCCGGGCCGGGAGCGGCGGGAUGUGAGCGCGGCCCGCCAUGGGGCAGCAGGUGGGCCGCGUCGGGGAGCCGGGCGCGGGGUUCCAGCACCAGCCACCGCAGCAGCAGCAGCAGCAGCAGCCGCGGGGUCUGCGGGGGAGCAGCGCGGCCAGGCCGGCAGGCCGCCGGCGGGAGGCGGCCGGCCGCUCCGCAGAGGGAGGAUUCAAUGUCUUCACCCAGCACGAGGCCCUGCACCGCCCCUACGGCUGCGACGUUGAGCCCCAGGCACUGAACGAAGCCAUCAGAUGGAGCUCCAAGGAGAACCUGCUUGGAGCCACUGAGAGCGAUCCCAAUCUCUUUGUUGCACUUUACGAUUUUGUAGCAAGUGGUGACAACACACUCAGCAUCACCAAAGGUGAGAAGUUGCGAGUCCUGGGUUACAACCAGAAUGGUGAAUGGAGUGAGGUACGUUCGAAGAACGGGCAGGGCUGGGUACCAAGCAACUACAUCACUCCAGUGAACAGCCUGGAGAAGCACUCGUGGUACCACGGGCCGGUGUCCCGCAGUGCAGCAGAGUAUCUGCUCAGCAGCCUCAUCAAUGGCAGCUUCCUGGUCCGGGAAAGUGAGAGCAGCCCAGGGCAGUUGUCCAUCUCGCUCAGGUAUGAAGGACGUGUUUACCACUACAGGAUCAACACAACCUCGGAUGGCAAGGUCUAUGUGACAGCAGAAAGCCGUUUCAGCACCCUGGCAGAGCUGGUGCACCAUCACUCAACAGUGGCAGAUGGCCUGGUGACAACUCUGCAUUACCCAGCACCCAAGUGCAAUAAGCCCACCGUGUAUGGAGUGUCCCCCAUCCAUGACAAGUGGGAGAUGGAGCGUACCGACAUCACCAUGAAGCACAAGCUCGGGGGAGGGCAGUAUGGAGAGGUCUACGUGGGGGUCUGGAAGAAAUACAAUCUCACAGUGGCUGUGAAAACGUUAAAGGAAGAUACCAUGGAGGUGGAAGAGUUCUUGAAAGAAGCUGCUGUGAUGAAGGAGAUCAAGCAUCCAAAUCUAGUGCAGUUGUUAGGUGUGUGCACCCUGGAGCCCCCCUUUUACAUCGUGACAGAGUACAUGCCCUACGGGAACCUGCUGGACUACCUGCGCGAGUGUAACCGCGAGGAGGUCAGCGCUGUCGUGCUGCUCUACAUGGCCACCCAGAUCUCCUCUGCCAUGGAGUACCUGGAGAAGAAGAACUUCAUCCACAGGGACCUGGCAGCACGGAACUGCUUAGUUGGAGAAAACCACGUGGUGAAGGUGGCUGACUUUGGCUUAAGUCGACUCAUGACUGGUGAUACCUACACAGCCCAUGCUGGGGCCAAGUUCCCAAUCAAAUGGACAGCUCCUGAGAGCCUGGCCUACAACACCUUUUCAAUCAAAUCAGAUGUGUGGGCCUUUGGGGUGCUGUUAUGGGAAAUUGCUACCUAUGGGAUGUCACCAUAUCCAGGCAUUGACCUCUCUCAGGUGUAUGAUCUGCUGGAAAAGGGCUAUCGGAUGGAGCAACCAGAGGGGUGCCCUCCCAAGGUGUAUGAACUGAUGAGGGCAUGCUGGAAGUGGAACCCACCAGACCGACCUUCCUUUGCUGAGACCCACCAGGCUUUUGAAACCAUGUUCCAUGACUCGAGCAUCUCAGAGGAGGUAGCAGAGGAGCUUGGAAGAACAGCCUUGUCCUCAUCCAUCAUUCCUUACCUGCCCCGCUUACCCAUGCUUCCCUCCAAAACAAGAACACUGAAGAAACAGGCAGAGAACAAGGAGAACAUUGAAGGAACACAGGACACUGUGGAGCACUCAGCAUCCAGCUCAGCACCAGUGGCCUCCUCAGUACAGACAACAGACAAGUCACAUACAGAAAUGAAAGAAAGUAAAGAAAAAAUAAAAUGCAAGUGCUCGCUUCUUCCCUCAUUAUAUCUCUGCAGCACCUGGGCAGGUUUCUUCAGAAGCACACAGCCAACAGGCGGGUCCCCCGCGCUGCCCCGCAAGCAGAGGGACAAGUCCCCCAGCAGCCUCCUGGAGGAUGCCAAAGAGACCAUGUUCACCAGGGACAGGAAAGGGGGCUUCUUCAGCUCCUUCAUGAAGAAGAGGAAUGCUCCCACACCUCCCAAGCGCAGCAGCUCCUUCCGGGAGAUGGAGAAUCAGCCUCAUAAGAAAUACGAGCUGACGGGUAACUUUUCCUCUGUUGCUUCCUUGCAGCACGUGGACGGGUUCUCCUUUGCUCCCGCACAGCAGGACACGAGCCUGGCUCCCCCCAAGUGCUACGGAGGGGGCUUUGUACAGAGGACCUUCUACAGCGAGGAGGGCACUGGGCCCAGCAAUGCUGGGGCUGUGAGCACUGGUGGAGGGUGGUCGGGCAUCACUGGCUUCUUCACGCCACGCCUGAUUAAAAAGACGCUGGGUUUACGAGCAGGAAAACCCACUGGCAAUGAAGAAGCUUCAAAGCCUUUUCCAAGGUCAAACUCUACAUCUUCCAUGUCCUCAGGGCUUCCAGAACAGGAUAGGAUGGCAAUGACCCUUCCCAGAAAUUCCCAGAGGUCAAAGAUUCAGCUGGAACGGACUGUAUCCACCUCCUCCCAGCCCGAUGAGAGCACAGAGAGGGCCAGUGACCUGAUUCCCAAAAGGUUUGAAGAAGGCCCUGCUUUGACCAGAGAGAGACCAAAAGCAAAACUCUUGCCAAGGGGUGCCACAGUACUCCCUUUUCGAACUCCCUCCAUGUCAGAAGAAAAGGAGGGUCCAGGGCUAGUGGCAGCUCCUAAGGGCAAGGAAAAAAACAGUGGCCCACGACAAGGAGCCCUUGAGGAUGGCGAGAGGCCGGGGUGGUCAUCUCCAGUAAAGGCUGCAGCAAUAAUUCCAACCACUCAUAACCACAAAGUGCCAGUCCUAAUCUCACCCACUCUAAAACACACUCCAGCAGACGUGCAGCUCAUUGGCACAGACUCUCAGGGUAAUAAAUUUAAGCUCUUAUCUGAGCAUCAGGUCACUUCUUCUGGCGACAGGGACCGGCCCAGACGGGUAAAACCAAAGUGUGCUCCACCUCCACCACCGGUGAUGCGGCUCCUCCAGCAGCCAGCUGCCUGCUCGGAUGCAGCAGAAGAGCUGAGCGGUGUGGCGGGAGCGCAGCACGGACUGGAAUCCAAUGAAGGGAGUAAGAAGGCAGCAGCAGCACCUGUUGGUGGAAAAUCUGGGAGGCCCGCGAUGCCUCCGCCCCAAGUGCCUCUGUCAUCGUCUUCCACCUCCCCAGUGAAAAUGGCCAAUGGCACGGCCGGCACCAAGGUAGCGCUGAGAAAGACCAAACAGGCGGCUGAGAAAAUCCCCGCAGACAAGAUCAGCAAGGAGGCACUGCUGGAGUGCGCGGGUCUCCUCUCAAGCGCCAUCGCCGAGCCCACGCCCAACAGCCAGCUGGUGGACACGGGGCACCAGCUGCUGGAUUACUGCUCAGGCUACGUGGACUGCAUCCCGCACACGCGCAACAAAUUUGCCUUCCGGGAAGCCGUGAGCAAACUGGAACUCAGCCUGCAGGAGCUGCAGGUGUCCUCGACAGCUGCUGGCGUCCAUGGGGCGAGCCCCGUCCUUAAUAACUUAUUGUCAUGUGUCCAAGAAAUCAGUGAUGUGGUGCAGAGGUAGCUACUGUCAAUCUGGGUAAGAGAAACACACACGGGGAGGGAGGGACUGUUUUUCUGUACUGAUCCUUUCAAAAGGAAAGACUGAUACUUGAGUAUGUGAAGUACCUCAGAUCACUGAGUUCUCCUCACGUUUACAGGUUCAUCUCAAAAAAUUGGGGAUGGAGAGGAUAGAUUAAAGCUGUAAGGGGCAGAAUAUCAAAGAUCUGUCCCCACCUAGUCAGGCUGAUCUGCUUGGUAUGGCAAGGGAAAGAAAGUUCCUUCUCCUCCCCUACAGAGGCAGGAGAACCCAUGGCAGGUUCUCCCUCUGGGCAGGAUGGUGGUGACAGCCAGAAUCCUGGGGUGGCUGCAGCUGUCUGGCUGCACAGAUUCUGCCCUGGCUGCACUCACCUGUGCUUUGCUGUCCUGACAAGGCCAAGGAAAAGCACUGGGGCUUUGCUGGUACCAAGGGCAGAGCAGCCGGAGCAGCUUGGGAGGGGGGGUCAUGUACAGCUGGGGAAAAGGUCUAAUGCACUGACAGUAUUCAGAGCUGCUGGAGGUGGAUGCACUGGUCUGGAUGGCUUAACUUCCACAGCACUGUUGCUGCUGUAAUGAGAACUGCAAGAUUAGUUAAUAUAUGAAACUGUCCCCUUUCCCUCCUGUCCACCUCAUCCACCAUGUUCUCAUUGUCAUUGUAUUGGAAGUGUCAGGGAUGCUGGGCAUACUUACCACUGGAAUUCCCCCUUCCCACCACACAGCCUUCACUCAGCUGAUACCUAUUUCUAGUGGUCUAGCACAGGUGCUGCUUGAUGGUCAUUUUUGAGUAGUUUGGGGCUCUUGCAGAACUUGCCAGUGUUGUUGGUGGGGUGGGUAGGUUCUUCCUUUUUUUUAAGUUCUAGAUUGCUUUAAACUUGUUACCAGGUUGACUCCCCAGUUCAGUUUGAUCACUGUGAGGACCCAUGGUAGGUAAGGCAGAGCCUCUGCUCUGCCCCCCUGGCUGUUCUCCACAUUCCUUUAGCAGUCACAGCACUGCAGGGCCAGCUGGAGAACCAGAAAGUACAGCCCAGCCUGCCCACCAUAUGUCCUUACUGCUGCAGGAUUCCCUGGACCUGUCCCUAACCCUUCACACUACCAGAUUCCUGGGAUUUGUUCUGGUGUUUACCUGUGUCACAGGCUUCCAGCUUCUCUACAUCCCAAGGUGAUAAAGUAUGGCAGCACACAGGAAACACCAGAGGUAUCUCCAUUUAUUUAUUCCUGUAUUUUAAAGGCUAGACCAGAAUCCUGUGCUGUGGUGUAGGGAAUGUGCCCAUAACUUGUGCACUUCUGUGCCUGAGGCGUGGCAACAAAAAGCUGUGGCUCUGCCUUGAAGGGUUCCCACUGGGUCUCUAAUGCCUUCUAACAACCCCAGAAUGAGAGCAGCUGAGUGGUUGGCAUUGUCAUUCUUGGUUCUUGUGCUGUUUGCAGACUGUUGUGGCCUCAAAAAGCUGGUCUGUGUCUAUGCACAACUCCCCAAGGUGUAAAUGUAGGAAGAGCUCAGUUGCUGGUUUGUGAAAGGAAACAGGCCUGAAACCUGGCUCCAAAUACAGCUUACCUGCAUGCUGCUGCUCACUUCACACUGCUGCUGAUAGAGGAUCUCACUUGCUUUGCACCUUAAGUCUUUAUUUUUUUUGGCUGAAAUGCUUUCUAAACUUGUUUUUCAAGUGUGGCUGUGCUGCCUUUAGUCUGAGCAUUUGGAGUGGAGCUGUGGCACAGGUGUGACUUUAGAAGAUGGGCACUUUGUUUCUGUCUAGAAGCACAUGUUGGUGCUUGGAAGCAGGCUGGGUGUCUCAGCAAAUGUCCCUGUUUUUUCCACAGAGCAUAGUGAGACAGGCCUGGAAAAAUCUUUAGAAAUGGGCUGAGAAUCCUCAUUUCAUUACUGGUCUGAGCUAAGCAAAGUUGUUUCAGGGUGUGUGGCGGCAAAGCAGAGGAGCAGCACAUGAGGUACAAUGGACCAAUGAGCUUCUGUAGCCCAGUAAGUGAAGUGGUGAGGGGGAAAAAGAACCAAGCAACCCCUGGUGCUGGCAAGUCCUGAUCCCCUGCAGCCCUCAGGGCUGUCCCAAGGCUCUUCCACAGGCAGAGCACCAACCCCUAAUCUCCUAGACUUUACUGAGGGCUUUUGUGGUUUACCUUAUCUCUUUCAGUCAUCUUCAGGUGUGCAUCCAAACUGACUGCCUUUGGAAAGGUGACCUGCAAAGGGAAGGUGGCUUGUGGCAUUGCUUCACAUGGCCUGUCAAACAAUCAGAAGGAUUUAGAAGGUGGGGGGGCUCUCUUUUCUUCAGGGCAGAAGGAUAGGUCUUGCUUACCCUGGCAGGCCAUCACAUGGUUCCAUGAUUGUACUGCUGCUCAGCCUGGGACAAAGGGGCUGGAAUUGAAGGGAUGCCAGGGGAAAGGAAUCUUAACCAGAACAUUUUAAAGUUUUGCCCAAUUCUGAUGAGUAUUUUGAAAGAAACUUUUUUUUUUUUUCCCUAAAUGCCAGUCUUCCAGAAAAGCUGCAGCAAAAGUGGUAGAAUAGCAACAUGGAAUUUCUAACUACUAGAACUACUGGAACUCUCCUCUUGCAGCCCUUUCUGAAGAAAGCACCUGUGUCCCAAUGAACACUGUGAGCCGUCCCCACUUCCUUUCAGGUGCCCCAUUUUCUCCUUGCCACCGCAGCAGGAGAUGGGCAGUGGGACAGGGCAGCAUCCAACUGCUUUUCCAGAGUCACAGAAUGGCUGAGGUUGGAGGGUACUUUGGAGGUCACCUGGUCCAAACACUCCUCCCAAGCAGGGCCACCAAGAGUCACCUGUGAGGACCAUGUCCAGGCAGCUUUUGGGCAUCUCCAAGCACAGAGACUCUACAACCCCUGUGCCCAAUACAGGAGCCCCUUUAGUGCUGACCCCUCCUGUGGUGCAAAAUCAAAGGCCGGUGGAAUUUGGGGAUUUGCCUGUUGUCAUGGGAAGGGUUUUCCCUGCCCUUACCUAUCAUCUAACAUCAGGUAGGCACAUUGUGGCAGAGGCAGUGCUGACUUGACAGGGUUUCUUUUCCCCCUAAAGUGGAGGCUGCAGAAUUGCUGGGACUUCUGCUGCCCUGGAGCAGAUUCCCAAACUGCAAUGUUCCCCUGCCCUCUGGCAGGAUAGCAAGAGGAAUCUGGGAAAGCUGGUUCUGCUGUAAAUUACCAUCCAGUUGUCCUUCCUUCCACUGCUGCUUCUAAAACUUUUACCAUUCCCUCUCCCUUUAGCUAGGUCUGCCUUUCUCUUCAGCCUUAAAGGUCUCCACUGUGGCCAGUUCUCUGUUUUCAGCCUGGCACCAGACGUGCAAAGGAAUGUGUGGGUGCUGACACCCCAUUAUUUGUCUCAGUGAAGAGCACUUCAUGCUCCAUGGUUUGGGGAGGGGACAAGGCAGAAGUCCUGUUAUUUCUUCCCCUCAGCACUGUCAGACAGAUGUGGGGGCACAGCUGGAGCUGGGCUCUCUCUCUUGCACUGCUGUGGGCCAGAAUUUAAAGCAGUUGUCUUUGCCAUGGGAAUGGCACCCACGGGCCUGGUACUGCCAAGCACAAAGCACAGAGUGAGCUCAGGGGGCCACAUUCUCUUCCUACCAUUGUGGGAAUUAGCUGACUCACAGGUGCAAUUCUCUCUUCUUCCUGCACUGUACACCCUUAACCCAAGUGGUGCACUUGAUUUAGUCAUGUUCUUCAUUAGUGUGGGCAGGGGUGAAGCUGAGCUAGGAGUCGGGGUCUUGGGACUGCAUCAGCUUCAGCAGUGGGAAAGGGGAAUUGAAGGGAGCAGCGUUGCUGAUGCAGAACAAGCAGGGAGGGAGAGAGGAAGGUUUUGCUUGUCCUCCUCAGGAUUUUCUCCUGGGUGCCACUGGCCCUGUGUCUGUGAACCAUGGCCAAACACGAAGGCUGACAUCUGUCAGUGUGUUUUUGCAGGAGUUGUGGGGCACAGGGAACCAAACCCCACAGUGGAGACAGGGCAGCCCCUCCCUACCAGGCAGAGGUGUGGGGUGGGUUACACUGCAGCCACAGAGCAGUCCCAACCCUCAUGUCCUACACUUACCUGAGGCAGGCUUUUCCUCCAGGGCAUCCACAGCACUGACAGGCACCAGUGACUCCACAGGAUGGUGGUUACAAAGCCAUCAGGCUGCUGCCUUCUCUGUGACACAGCUCAGCCCUGCUGCUCACCAGGAGCUGGCAGGGAGACUUAAAGGUAACUGCAGCACAUGUGGAAACCUCCCAGGGCACUGUCCAGCACGGUGGCUGCUGGGGUGGUGCUGCACAUCCCUGGAGUGUGGAACAAAGCCCUCAGCCCAUUCUCUGGUAGCAGGCCACAGGAGGUUCUGGGACACUGACUCGUUUCUCACAGCUCCAGGCUAAGCAAUGUCUGUACCAAAGGAGGUCGUUCUUCCCCAUGUGUCUGUUGUGCACGGGAGGCGGAGCCUGCUUGGCUCACAUGGCACUGUUUGUGUUAGUAGUGAACUCGCUGAGGGCAGGAAUGGAUUGAAAUGAAUCACGUUAAUCACCAUCACUCUUAGCAGUGUUGUCAACUGUUUUUGUUUUUUAAUUGUUACUGUAAUAUAUUUUGGUUGUUUUUCUAAUUUAAUUCUCUCACUAUCGUCUGACUGUGAACUGCGAACAGUGUUAAACGUGAUGUAAAUAAGGCCCUUGGAAGGGCCUCUUUGCCUGUCGUUCCACAAAGUUUUGCCAAUUUGCAUUUUGUUUUAAAUAAAGAUUGCAAUAUUUUAUUGGCAAAAACCA